UCCAACUACUACCCGUCUACGAUCCUCUAUAUAUUAUCCCCGCAUUAUCGUGACAUGCAUUAGCCGUCGUCACGGUAUCAGCGUGGUAGAGCCAUGGAAUCUGGCUCAUUUAUACGCUGGAUACCUUCUUGGCGAAGGGUGCAGGCGGACAUGCUUCAUCAUGCUGUUAAUUACCAGCCGCAGCUGUGCUGCCGACAUAACAUAUUUGAAUGGCAUCAUAUCCCUCCUCGCAUCUUGCGGGCUCUGCGUUGCUUUCUUUGCGUUUGUACCUUGGCUUACCUAUCGAAGCUUACCUAAUAGUUGAACUAAUAAAAUUGACUUCGACAACAACCUACUUAUAUGUGAGGAAGGCAAUUCGUAGAGGUCAUCAUGGUCCAUCCUCGCCAAGCCAUAGCCAAGGGCCAUGAGGAGGAACAUGAACAGUUAGCGCAAAGGGUGGCGCCGGAAUUUGAAUAUGUCUACUGGACCAAGGAACCGCAUCUACGGAAACUAUAUGCCUGGGCCUGUGUACUGAUGAUAGCGUCGGCGACUACUGGAUACGAUGGAAUGCUCGUCAACACUUCUCAGCAAAUUGAUCGUUGGAAGCAGUACUUCCCUAAGACUCAGGUCGGCCCCGACAACUCCCAGGAGGUGGCCGACAGCUGGCUCGGGCUUCUCGUGAAUAUGUUCAACAUCGGGAGCAUAUUGAGCUUCUUCCUCACACCGUAUGUUGCCGAUAAUUGGGGCCGGAAGACGGCUAUAACCCUCGGGUGUAUCUUCAUGAUAAUUGGGGGAUGUGUAUCGGCGUUCUGCAACGGAUAUGAGAUGUUCAUCGCCGGUCGUCUGAUCCUUGGCUUCGGCAACAGCUUGUCACAAAUGGCAUCUCCUCUGCUUCUUACCGAAAUAUGCCAUCCCCAACACCGUGGACCCGUAACGGCGGUCUAUAACUGCUUGUGGAAUCUGGGCGCUCUCCUCGUCGCGUGGGUGGGCUGGGGAACUGCUCAGAUCCGGAACGACUGGAGUUGGAGGUCGAUCACUCUGAUCCAGAUCCUACCCUCGUUAAUACAGAUCAUCUUCAUCUACUGGAUUCCCGAGUCCCCGCGAUAUCUCAUAGCGAAGGAUCGCCACGACGAAGCGCUCGAUAUAUUAGCUCGAUACCAUGCCGGCGGCGACAAGAACGACGUGCUUGUUCAGUUCGAAUUCAGGGAGAUCAAGGAAACGAUGCGAAUGGAGAAACAAGUCGCGCGCGCUGCUGGUUAUCUUGACUUCCUACGUACCAAGGGGAACCUCUGGCGAUUGGCCAUCCUCAUUUCCUUGGGUGUUAUAUCCCAGUACAGCGGAAACGCGUUGUUCUCAAAUUAUAUGGAUACCGUCUAUGAGGGUGCUGGGAUAAAGGUUCAAGACCAGAAGCUCGCUCUGAGCGGUGGGAAAACAAUUCUCGAUCUCAUUAUAACAAUUCUCGCCGCCUUGAACGUCGAUAGGUUUGGUCGACGCCCACUCUUCCUAUUAUCAACAUCGGGGAUGGUGGUGUCGUUCGUGAGCUGGACGAUCUGCGGUGCCAUCUACGAGAACUCGAACUUGACUAAUGUAGCUUCUGGUUACGCACAGCUUGUUUUUAUCUGGCUGUUUGGUAUUUUCUAUGAUAUCGGCUUCUCGGGUCUCUUGAUUGCUUAUGCACUCGAAGUGCUCCCUUUCAAGCUGCGCGCCAAGGGCAUGAUGAUAAUGAACAUUACAGUACAGGCCAUCCUCGCGCUCAGCAACCAAACAAACAAGAUAGCUUGGAACAGGAUGCCGAAGCACUGGAACUUUAUGCUUUUCUAUACCCUAUGGGAUUUCUGUGAACUAGCCUUCGUCUAUUUUUUCUACGUCGAGACGAAAGGUCCCACGCUAGAAGAGAUCGCAUGGAUUUUCGACGGUGCAGACGCCGUUGCCAAUAUCGACAUUCGGCAAGUUGAGAAGGAGAUGCAUGAGAUGGAGAGGGAACAGAGUUUCGAUUCGACGGCACUGUCAUCUAGGGGAAAGGGAGCUAUCUAAUAGGUCAUUUCAUUUUACGGUUAGUCGUGGCGGGUGGCAUUAUGUUGGUGGGUAAUGAGUUAACAGUAGGUUAUGGCGCAAUGGUUCAUAGGUAAGGUGAGUGGCCUAUUUCAUUCCCAAGUUAGGCGUCGGAAAUAUCAAAAAAAAUAAUCGGAAGGGGACUGGACGAUACCAAAAUAUUCAGCGUAAAUUGCAUCCAAUCAAUACUUGUCUUACCAGGUGUGAACCACCGUCCUGUUAGACACAUAG